AUGGUUAACCGCGAUCGUAUAAUGGUCUUCAAAGCACUUACCCGCUCGGACCUCCAUGUCAACCUUAGGUCUGGUUCGACUGCCAAUGACAUAAAAGAACAUAAGAAGGGGAGUUCGGUGGGAGAGGUUUGUUUAAGCCUUGACGUUCCGAGUAACGACCUCGGCUACCCACGUUCCAAGUUUGGAGAGUUUCGUGCCCGGUCCUCAUCAAGUGGCGGAUACUGCCCGAUACGUAGCUCUCCGGGUGUCAGCUAUGCAGCUGAAUUAGACCCCCGUUUCACCGCGACCUCUGUCGUCUCUGCCCUCCUUGACCGCGCUGACAUUUGGCGGCAAAUGCGUCGGGCAAAAUGCGUCAUAUACUGGGAGCUGUACGCAGGAUUCUCCAGUCCCAGCGAUUGUGUCCCCUUCUUCAACCUCCAGUCUCUCAAAUCGGGUAGCCAAAAUUGUUUGUAGUAGUUCUGCUGGCUGCGAUGAUGAUGAUGAUGAUGAUGAUGAUGAUGAUGAUGAUGAUGAUGAUGAUGAUGAUGAUGAUGAUGAUGAUGAUGAUGAUGAUGAUGAUGAUGAUGAUGAUGAUGAUGAUGAUGACGAUGAGUGGGAGUGCCAUAACGGCCGUAUUAAGAGGGAUGGGUGUAGGGGUGUCCAGCGGUGGGUUCACGUGAUGGUCGUAGUGGUCGCUCACUUGCUUUCAGGUGAGACUACGCCUAGCGUCCAUUUGCUUGCACCCAACUCUCACCUGUGGCUUCACGAAGCUGGGCUCUGCUCAGCGGCCACACCCCGGGCAACCGUCUCGACCGGCGGGCUAAACCAGGCGAGGGCGCUGUGCGCUUGUGCCGCGUGCACAGUGUACUGCGGACUCCGCUGGAUGGAUGGUCGGAUGAAAAACUGCGCCGGCAUCGUCGAGACGAGGCUCUGCCUGGUACGCCGUGGGACAACUGCUGCCGGGACGGGUCUCCGCAUUGCCUUCGCUGAGACGCGCCCACCCUCGUCGAUCUCCACUACAAACAUAAAAGUCGUGGCCCCAUAGUGGGAUUCGGUCGCGCCAACCAGGCACAUGGGCAGCCCGAUUCAGGGGCGGCACUGCCUGCCCCCACGAGGUGAAGGGCCUAGAAAAGGUGGCCUAAAAAAUGCUGGGUACCACGCCGUCUUCAGGCUAGCCAGGGCCGCAGACGUCUAAUCAUGGUCGAAACACUCAAAAUCGAAACAAAAACAAUACCAAUAACAACAACAACCAUACUCCUUCUCCUCAUCCUACCUCUUCUACCUCUUCCUCUGCCUAUUCUUCUGCCUAUUCUUCUCCUUCGUCAUCUUCUUCUUCACCUCCUUCCCGUCGCCCCACUCGUUGUCCCCAGACUGACAGGGUGAGCCCACUCACUCUGGCAGCCUGGAAUGUUCGUUCCUUUUUAGACAAUCCGAGGAGCAACCGACCGGAGCGGAGGACGGCUCUAGUGGCACGAGAACUCGCCCGCUACAAGGUGGACAUCGCCGCACUCAGCGAGACCCGAUUCUCCGAACAAGGCCAACUGGAGGAGGUGGGUGCCGGCUACACCUUCUUCUGGAGUGGUCGGCCCAGGCCAGAGCGACGAGACACGGGCGUCGCCUUUGCCAUCCGGAACGACAUCGUGGGACGACUGCCCAGUCUGCCGCAGGGCAUCAACGAUCGCCUGAUGAGCCUCCGUCUGCCUCUCCGGGGUGGGGGCAAAUUCGCCACCAUCAUCAGCGCCUACGCUCCGACGAUGACCAACCCCGACGCCGUCAGAGACAAAUCCUACGAGGCCCUGCACGUCCUCUUGGCGACUGUGUCGAAGGCGGACAAGUUGAUUGUCCUUGGCAACUUCAACGCCCGCGUCGGCACAGACCAUACUGUCUGGAGAGGAGUGCUGGGUCCCCACGGUCUCCGCGGCUCCAACGACAAUGGUCUGCUGCUGCUCCGCACCUGCGCAGAACACCGCCUCAUCCUGACGAUUACCUUCUUCUGUCUGCCGGAGCGAGAGAAGGCCACCUGGAGGCAUAAUCGGUCGCGUCAGUGGUACCUGCUGGACUACGUCCUCGUCCGGAGGCGAGAUCAGCGGGACGUGCUGGUAAAGAAGGCGAUCGCGGGUGCGGACGGGUGGACCGACCAUCGCCUCGUCAUCUCGAAGAUGCGUAUUCGCCUACAGCCUCGCAGGAGACCACAAGGUAACCGACCCCCAGGUAAGCUGAAUGUUGCCUUGUUGUCUUUGCCCGCCCACCAUCUUCAUUUCAGCAAUGAGCUAGCUCAACGGCUAGACAACCUUCCUAUCGCUGCCGCCGCCGACGACGCCGUCGCUGCCGAGAACGCCUCCGUGGAGAACCGCUGGUGUCAGCUGCGAGACACGGUCCAGUCGACGGCGCUCGCCGUCCUCGGUCGCGUUCCCCGUCAACACCAGGACUGGUUCGAUGACAACGACGCCGCCAUCAGAGAUCUGCUUGCUGAGAAGAACCGCCUACACAAGGCCUACGUCGAUCACCCCACUGAGGACAACAAAGCUGCCUUCUACCGCAGUCGUCGCCAGCUUCAGCAACGACUGCGCGAGAUGCAGGACGCCUGGACUGCUCGCAAAGCUGAGGAGAUCCAAGGCUACGCGGACCGCAACGAAUGGAAGAACUUCUUCUCUGCGAUCAAAGCUGUCCACGGUCCGCCGACGAAGGGCACUGCUCCUCUCCUCAGCGCUGACGGUAGCACUCUCCUGACUGAGAAGACACAAAUUCUACAGCAAUGGGCCGAGCAUUUCCGAGGCGUCCUCAACCGCCCCUCCGUCAUCUCCGACGCCGCCAUCAAGCGUUUGCCUCAAGUGGAGACCAACGUGGACCUCGACCUCCCGCCAUCUCUCCAGGAGACCAUCAGGGCCGUGCAGCAGCUCUCCAGCGGGAAAGCACCCGGAUAG